GUCAGUCACGCAGGCCACUAUGCUUCCAAAUCGCUCCCCAAACUCCGAUUUCUUCUCCCCACCUACCUCAACAUCUCCUGCAAUUCUUCUACUUCUACAGUCAGUUCCACCACCUCCCCCAUCCAGGAGCAGAUCGAUCCGAGCAGCCAUGGCGACGCUCACGCUGGGGGUGCUGCUCAAGCUCCUGCAGUCCAUGCACACCGACGACCGCAUCGUCGGCGACCACCACUCCCCGGUGCUCCAGGUCACCGCCGUCAUCCCGGCCCUCAUCGCCUCCACCUCCGACUCCCUCCUCCUCCCCUCUAAUGGCUUCCUCCUCAACCUCUCCGACGGCCUCCACUCCACCUACGUCUAGCUCCCGCCCGCCGACGCCCUCCUCCUCGCCGUGCGCCCGCACCUCGUCGGCCACCUCGUCCACCUCGACCGCCUCCGCUUUGCGCGCCCCGUGCCCCGUGCCCUAGGCGUCCGCCUCGUCCCCUCCUCCCGCGCCCUCUCCUGUGCUUCCACCCCGGAGCCGCUCGUUGUCGGCCCCGCCGCCUGCGCCCGCGUGUACGUCAUCCAGCCCGCCACCUCGCCCUCUGCCGCCGCUCAUGCCGUCCUCUGGUUCUGAAACCAGUGAUGCUGUCAAAAGGACGGUCCUUGGGCCCAAGAACGCCGCCGUCAAGCCCGCGCCGCCGCCGCCCGGCUCGAUCGUCAAGCGUCGCUUCUCGUCCCUGGCGCCGUCCAAGCAUCGAGAUCUGUCGCUCUCCAUGAAAUCCGCUUCUGCCUCAUGGGGGCCAUCUCCAUCGGCGAAGGGCGCGUCCUGGGCGUCCUCGCCCGCGGGGAGGGGCACGCCCAGGGCCACGUCGCCGGCGCCCUCCAAGUGCGUCGUGCCUAGCCUCUUUGUGGCCAAGAAGGAGAACCGCAGGGCGGCCAGGGAGCCGGCGAUUGUCGUCCCAUCAAGGUACCGCCAGCCUUCACCGGCGGGAGGGAGAGGGGGAGCAGUGUCUCCGUCCGUUGGUGGGAGGCGGGCAUCCUUGUCCCCUAGUUCGCGGCGGCUGUCCGGGGAAGGGACUGGCAAGAAGAAGGUUGGGGUCCUGGUGGCUGGGAUCUCCAAGAUGACAGAUUUGGGAAAUGGGUCGGCCGUGAAGCCAGGAAGGAAGAGCUGGGACGAUCCAACAACGCUGCAGGAAGCAAUAUCAAGACGAUUAAGUGAUGCUACAACAGAACAAUCCAGUAAUGAUGAUUCAGCAAAAGUCCAGCCUAAGGUCUCACCGAGCUCUCCAGCAAGCUCCACAUGGAACAACACUGAGAGCAUGUAUCAGACAGUUGAGCUUGAAAAGGCCUUGUGGUGCGAGAUGCAUAUGUGGUUCCUGAAUUUUGUGAAUGAGGCACUGGAUGUGGGCUUCCACUUGUUUGAAGACCAGAAUGUGGCAAGUAAGGGAAAGCACAGCAGCCACAUAACAGUGGUUCUUUCACAAUUCAAGAAGAUCAGUGACUGGUUGGAUGGAGUUAGGAAGAUUGCUGAGGAGGAGAAAACAAAGGAGAAGAUUGAGUGCUUGAAGCGCAAGAUUUAUGGGUUUGUCAUUAGCCACAUGGGGUCUGCAUUUGAGAGCUCUGUCUCAGUUUCAUCUAGGAGUUGAGGGAUACUUCAUGCUCUGAAGCUGACUUCGAUUGCCAUUUUUUUUCUGUGGAGUAAGGAUAUCCAAUUCAACAGUGAAGUGGUGUGGGCUACAAUUGUAGUAGUGGUGUGUCUUUUUUUUAAUAUAAUUUAUGACUUAAGGUC